GGCGGGGCGGAAGCGCGGGCUGGAGGCGGUGGCCCCGCUCCCGGUCCCGGUCCCGGUCCCAGGCCCGGCGCUGCCCCGGCCCCGCCGCCAUGCGUAAGUUCUUCCAGGAGAUCAAGGCCGACCUCAAGUUCAAGACCGCGGGGCCCGGACAGAAGCUCUCGGAGCCAUCCCGGGUCCCCAAGGAGAAGCCCAAAGCAGAACCGGCUCCAAAACCUCGUCAGGGACCCACCGAUGAAGCCCAGAUGGCGGCGGCGGCGGCGCUGGCCCGGAUGGAGCUGAAGCCCAAGGCCAAGGUGGCCUCCUCCCAGGAGGCCAUCAAGAACCAGGUGAGAAAGGAGCUGAUGGCUGAGGCGGCUGCGAGCCAAAAAGGGCUCUCCAUGGAGGAAAAGGAUCUCACCUCCCCAGAGCCAGAAGGGGCAGCCGCACCCUCCGUUUCGGGGGUCUACUUCAUUUGCCCCUUAACGGGUGCCGUUGUAAGGAAAGACCAGAAGGAGAAGCACCUCCGAGAAGCCAUCCAGUCGUAUUUCUCCGUGGACCCAGUAGCUGCCUCCAUCAUGGAGAUCCACACCUUCAAUAAGGACCGGGAGAAAGUACGUGUGGGUCUGGAGACCAUGGCCAAGUACUUGGACAAUAUCUAUCUCCAUCCAGAGGAAGAGAAAUACCGGAAAAUCAAGCUGCAGAACAAAGUGUUUCAGGAAAGGAUAAGCUGCCUGGAAGGGAUACACAGAUUUUUCCAGGCUAUCGGGUUUGAGACAAAAACACUGCCUGUUCCAGGACAAGACACCCCCGAGGAGUACUAUGUCCUGAAGGAAGAAAUGCUGACCAAGCUGGAAGACCUCAAGGACUACAAAGAGCAGCUUUUGAGCUCGGAGCCCGUGCGAGCCCAGCUGGAUCGCCAGCUCUGUGUAUUUAAACCCUCCCCUCAAGCUGCUCGCUUCGAGCUGCCAAACGACUUCUACAACCUCACAGCAGAAGAGAUCAAACGAGAGCAGCGGCUCCGGACAGAAGCAGUGGAGAAGGCUUCAAUGCUGAGGACGAGAGCCAUGCGAGAGAAAGAAGAACAAAGGGAGAUGAGGAAGUACAACUACACCCUGCUACGAGUCCGGUUUCCCGAUGGAUACAUCCUCCAAGGGACUUUUUAUGCACGGGAAUCGGUGUCUGCACUCUACAGCUUUGUGAGAGAGGCUCUUAGAGAUGACUGGCUGCCCUUUGAGCUCUUGGGACCUGGAGGUGUCAAGCUGACUGAUGAGAACUUGGCCUUCAAUGAAUGUGGGCUGGUGCCCUCAGCUCUCCUGACGCUGGCCUGGGAUGCAGGGAUCAUGGCAGACAUUCAGGCAGUGGGAGAGGAGCAGCCAACAAGCCCCCUGAAACCAGAACUUCUCUCCAGAGUCCAGACACUGGCAUGAAAUAAAGAGGAGUGGAUGUAGUGCUGGUGGUUUUAGACUGUUCCCUCCUUUUCCCCUAGAGACUGGUGGAGCUUCCAGCUACGGGACCUCAGAAAUGACUUUUUUUUUAGCUCUGCAGGGUGGGAGUCUAGAUUCUGCCACGUCACACCAACCCCGCAGUCACCUCCACAACUCCAGUAGCCAAACACUAAAGCAGUCUGGCCCAGUAAGGCACUCACGGGACUGCUCUGAAUGGCUUAAAAAUAAUAAAACAAACAGUUCUAGCAGUGAACUGCUUGGGGUGUUUCCAGGACAGUGAAGAAGCACCACUCUCCUCCCUUGGAGGAGGGAUGAGGUGCUUGUACCCAUGGACUGAGCCUGGAUACGGGGCUGGGCUUAGAACUCAGCUUGUCCUUUUGCUUCUGUGUGCACUGUAACUCCUAUUGGAGAGAAUCUAUUUAGAUAAGAUCAUGCUUAGUCUGAUUAAAUGGAAUAUUUAAAGA